AUGAUAAGCCUUGCUCUUCCAAGGACGCCGGUCGUAGGUGGAGGUAUCGUCGGCAGCGCAACAGCGCGUCAACUGAAAAUCGAGUAUCCCAAAUUGAACAUAGUUCACAAACAGCAUCUUCAUUUUUUCACGCCACAUCAAAGUGGUAACAAUAGUGGGGUAAUUCAUGCCGGAAUUUACUAUAAGCCGGGAACUCUGAAGGCAAAACUUUGCGUCGAAGGUAAUGAUCUCGCCUACAAGUUCUUUGCGGAGAACAAUUUUCCGCACAAUAAAGCUGGAAAGCUGAUUGUGGCUGUCGAGCCAGAGGAAAUACCACGACUCGAUGAUUUGUACGAAAGAUCUCAAAAGAACAAAUGCAAGGAUAUCAAGAUGAUCGAUGGUUCGCAAAUUAAAGAAUAUGAACCACAUUGUAGGGGUCUCAAAGCGCUAUGGUCUCCUCAUACGGGUGUUGUUGACUGGGGAGAAGUGGCAAGAGCUCUUUCGAAAGAUUUUGAAAAGAAGGGUGGAACUGUAAGUAGAUUUCCUUGUUUAGAAAGAAGGGUCUCAUCAUCACCUGAUCCAAAUUAUCCACUUUGUAUGUUCCAUGUGAAGAACUUGAUUACCUGUACGGGGCUGCAAUCCGAUCGUGUCGCGCAGCUCACUGGGUGCUCACCACUUCCGAAGAUUAUUCCGUUCCGAGGGGAGUACCUCUACUUGAAACCAGAAAAACGCUACCUCUGUAGAGGCAACAUCUACCCAGUACCCAAUCCGGGCUUGCCGUUCCUCGGCGUUCAUUUUACUCCGCGAAUGGACGGUAACAUAAUUUUGGGUCCAAAUGCUGUGCUCGCAUUCAAACGAGAAGGAUAUGGGUAUUUCCAAAUUAACCCAUACGACCUUUUCGAAUCCAUGUCGUUUAGGGGUCUACAGAAGUUGAGCAUGAAAUAUUUCAAAUAUGGAGUGAGAGAAAUGUACCGUGGUAUUUUCAUAAGUGCUCAAGUCAAGCAGCUUCAGCGGUUUGUACCUGAAUUGAAGCGAAGCGAUGUGGUAAGAGGUUUCACUGGUGUACGUGCUCAAGCCAUGGAUAUUGAGGGAAACCUUGUCGAUGACUUCGUUUUCGACAGCGGUACAGGACCGUUAUCGAAAAUGGUCCUUCACGUUCGUAAUGCUCCAUCGCCAGGUGCGACAUCAAGUUUAGCAAUAGCAAAAAUGAUUGCUCAGGAGGCCAAGACGAGAUUCUCACUAUAG